GUUAACUUCCUGGGUAUCAUCAUACAGGACGUAUGCAGGCGUGGACUCCAUCCACUUUUACUUUUUAACGCAGUCUUAUUCUUGCUCCGUUGCUGCAGCGCUCUUCUACAUGAUUAUCAUUUUAGGGAUUGUGUUCCUCUGUCAAACUGGAUUUGCAGAGAAACACUCCUUGAAGAUUACUAUAACUGCAUCUUCUGGAGUAUCAAAUGUCUCAGAUUAUAUGGGUUUAUUGCACAUUGAUGGAGUUCAGAUGACAUACUUGGACCAAAACACCAAAACAAUACAACAUAGACAAGACUGGGUGAAAGAAUUAAUGGAAGAUGAUCCUCAACACUGGGUAGAUAACACUCGGGACUUCUUUGACUAUCUGAAGUAUGUCAAAGAUGAAACUGCCACUUCUAAACAGAGUUUACUCCAAACUGGAGGUAUCCAAAUUGACCAGACAAUCUUUGCCUGUGAAUGGGAUGAUGAGACAGGAGAGGUUAAUGGUUAUAUAAAGUAUUGUCAUAAUGGAGAACCUGACCUUAGAUGUGACCAAAAGACAAAGAUGUGGACCACUGAAAAACCAAACGCUGCAAUGAAGUGUGCUAGCCAUGAAUAUAUGAAAAGAUUCGUCAAAACCGAAUGUCAAGAGAGAUUGAGGAAAUACUUUGAAUUUGGGAAGAGCUCUUUGCAGCGCAAGGAUCUUCCCUCAGUGUCUCUCCUCCAGAAGACUCCUUCCUCUCCAGUCAGCUGCCACGCUACAGGUUUCUACCCUGACAGAGCCGAGAUGUUCUGGAGGAAAGACGGAGAGGAGCUUCAUGAGGACGUGGGACCUGGAGAGAUCCUCCCCAACCAUGAUGGAUCCUUCCGGAGGAGUUUUGCCCUGAACGUUUCAUCAAUCGUACCUGAAGACUGGGGGAAGUACGAAUGUGUGUUUAAGCUCUCUGGUGUGAAGGACGACAUCAUCACCAAACUGGACAAAGCUAUGAUCAAAACCAACUGGGUUCCUCCCUCAGAGUUCCCUGCUGCUCCUCUUUUUUGGGGUGUUUUAGGCCUGCUGGUAAUCUGGAUCGUUGGAGUCUUCAUCUGGAGAAGAAGAAAUAAUGGUGAAGGACAAAUAUAGUCAUUUUAACUGCACUGUUUUAGAAUAUUUCAGCCAUGAAAAAACUGAAUGGCUGAUUUGACAGAAUGUCUCACUUAAGUGGUCCAGUAUAGUUACAGGAAACAGCUGACACUGAGGUUUUAUUGUAAGGCUAAUUGAAUGUUUUUAUAUUUUGGACUAAAAUCAAACAUGUACCAUCUGUAUUAUAGGUAUAUAUAUCAUACAUUAAUACGUCCAGGUCUCUCUGUAUUUUGUAUUCUGUCUUUGUAGCUUUCCAGUGCAGAUAUACAGGAGAAUAGUUAACUCAGUAACUACCAAGAGAUGUGGUCAGACAAAGGCAGGCCUAUAUGUAAACCUAACCACAAGGCGCUCUCCUUCUCUCUCUCUCUCUCUCUCUCUCUCUCUCUCUCUCUCUCUCUCUCUCUCUCCUUCUCUCUCUCUCUCUCUCUCUCUCUCUCUUUCUCUCUCUCUUUCACCCUCUCUUUCUC